GUGUGUGUGUGUGCGUGUGGUUGUGCGUGAGCCUGUGCAGCCAUCAUGCUGCAACGACAACAACAACGACAACAAGAACAACGACUAACAAAACCAAUACCAACAACCAAACACUGCCGCCUGGAAACAAUAAACAAACAACAACAACAACAAUUGAAAGGACCCUAGUUUUUUCAUCUUCCCCCCGCCCCGCCCCACCCCACCCCACCCCUGAGUCCUAUCCCAAGCCCUGCCUAAUCUUGUAGUUAGCUGAAAUUGCUUAGGAAAUAAUCUUACCCUCUUCCCCAAUCAACUCAUCCAUCAACCUCCGCGCCACCCCACAAAACAUAACAAAAAACAAAAACCAACGUAAACCAUGGAGCGCAUGUGGCGCAAAGUGAACCACAGUCUGCGUAAUAGCAAAUCACAGAAUCAUCAUCAACAUCAUCAUCACCAUCAUCAGCAGCAGCAUCCAUCAUCAUCAUCGAGUUCGCAACAAGCUAAUGCCCCCUGCAAUGCAAGUGCUGCUGGCGUUGGAGUUGGCGCUGGAACUGGCGUUGCUGUUGCCACACCAUUAUCCACCGAUACGAUUAGCUCAGCGGGCGGUUUCGGUGAUGCUCAGCUCGUGGUAGCUGUCCAAGGAUUGCAGCCGAGUGGCGCUGGAUCAGUUGCUGCUGCUGCUGCUGCUGCCGGUGGCAGCAAUGCAACUGGCCGACGAUUGGCUACCAGUGGCGGUGGGCAGCAAUUACAGUUACCUCCGGGCACAAGUUGCCACAAGUCGCUGAGUCAACAUGUCCUACAGACGCGCACCGCCUCAUCGGAACGUCGACGGCGGCGUCGCCGAAAGAGUCGACCACGUCGAGGCGGUGGCAUGAGUGUCACCAGCUGUGUAGGAGACGGCGGUGGUGAUAAUAUGUCUUCCUCUGGCGGUUUCUACACCCUUAAGGAGCACCAUCAACACUAUCGCCAUGGCACUUCUGGCAGUGGUAUUGGUGGUGCGGGUGGUGGUGGUGGUGCUAGUGGUUCGUUCUCAUCGCGUCGCCUCUUUGCCACCUCGGCGCCUAGCGGCACUGUCAUGAUGUAUCCAAAUGCCCAGCGUGCUCCAACUUUAGCAGCUGGUUCGGCUUCUGGACAAGUCACAUCAUCAACCACAUCGAAUUCUGGAGCAGCUGCAGCUUCUGGUGGUGGUGGUGCUGCUGCUCCACCGGACAUCUCAUUGCGUCAACGAGCCGUGGCCAAGCUGCGCAUGUUCAACUUCCAUCUCAACUGGGAUCUGCAUAUGACGCACUGCAAACCCUGCGGGCCUCGUCUAAGCGGAAGUGGCAACAUCAUCACUCGUCGCCUUUGUCGCAAUCGUCGACGUGAGGACAAUGAGCUCUAUCGUUCCAAUAGCUUCAAGUUUGAACGUUUCGAGCGCAAGGAGUGCCUCGAAGAGCUCUCCAAUACAUUGCAGAAACAGAUUGCCAUCUGUGAUGAUUACAGCCUGCCCGUAGAUUUUGUGAAGAAACGACCGUCCAGUUUUGAUCCUUGCCUGGCCGAGGCAAUACCAACAAAUCCCGAGCAUUGGAUAGCGCCAAGUCCACAAACUGAAUUUCUGCCAUUUACAGAAGCCCAACAAGCGUCACAGCAACCAGCGACAGCAACAACAGCGGCAGCAACAACAGCAACAACAGCAGCAGCAGCAGCUGUUGCGCCACCGCCAUUGCCCGCCCCUUUGGCCACAUUGCUCAGUCAGCAACAACAACAACAACAGCAACAGCACAACAUUAACAUUAACAACAAUAACAAUAAUACACAAAAUAAUCAAGCGCACAACAACAACACAUUGCCGGCGGGACAACAACAGCAGCAGCAGCAGCAGCAACAUCAGCAACAACGUUCCACCUUGCAGCAUCCACCGUUGCCCAAUAGCAACAUUAAACAGGCCUCAGUGAAACUGAUCGAAGGUUACUCUGAUCCCAAGGAUACACGUUCACAAAACGUUCACGGUCAGCAGCAGCAGCAGCAACAUAAAAAGGUCUUUCACAAGAAGGCCAAACGACGUGUGGGAACGGGACAAAAACAACGUCACCAGCAACAUCAACAACAACAACAACAACAACUGCAGACUUUGCCUACACCACGAACAGCGCAACAACAACAACAACAACAGCAGCAACAACAACAACAACGUCAUUCCACUUACAAUAAUAAUAACGGUAAUCAUCGAAAGGAUAAACGAAAUUACAAUUCAGACUCUUCAGCACCAAAAUCCUCAGACGAUGACGGGGACAUAGACGAGGAGGAAAUUGAAACGAUUGAGUCAAAGACAAUUCAGGCAUCAACACAACCUCAAACCUUACUCAAUUCACCGGAUAGCAUUUCUGAUGACUUGGUACGUCCUUUGCCACCCCAAUUGCAACGUAGUCCACGUAAACUAACCGUUGCCCAGACCGAGCACAGUAAGCGUCAACCAUCGCCGUAUUAUUACUCUGACUUGCUAAAGAGUCGUGAUAAGGAUAAGGACAAAGAGCGUGAGGAGACGAAGCAAAAGUGCCGCCAAAGUACGGCAAGUGAGCCACCGCAACAGACGCAUAAUCAAUUGAUACUCGGUUCGCUUGGUGGCUCUGCCAGUGGUUAUCGUAAGAGCUCUAGCUUGGAUGCUCCCCAUGAACCGCUAGCCGAUGCUGCGGAUGACAUUGAUGAACCUGACCCGGAAGUAGCCAACAACGAACCACAAUUGGACGAGAGUCAACUUGGACUCGAGGAGGAGUUGCUAGGGGAUCAGUCGACACCGAAACGUUAUAGCUUCACCGAGGAGGGUGUCCAUAUCAUAAGGUGUGAGACACCUAGCACAAGCACCUCCGAGGAAUCGGAUUGCAGCGAGUGUCUGAAGCGACGUGAAUGGCAUGCUCGUGCGUUGGCCUUAGUGCGCAAAACGUGCAACGUUCAGCCGCGUAACCAGCAGACGCCACAGAUCUGUGCCACGGGAAGCGGCAGCGGAGAAUUGCAAUUGCAGUUACAGCACUGCGACGCCGGUGAGGGUGAGCUACUUAAGUGUUGCCCACCACAGGCGUUACAGGCACAGGCACAGGCGCCGCCACCACCGGCGGAGGCUUCACCGCCGAUGCCACCGCACCGCCUGCUGGGACCAGCAGCCGUGUGUGGUGCCUGUAUUGCCGCCCCAUCGGCUGCUGCUGCUGGCAUUGGCAUUGGUGUCGAUCUCGACGAGAUUGAGGAGUAUUUUCGUCCACGCAGCAUUUUCUAUGUCCAUCCGCAUGGGGUCCAUGAGUGUGCCGAGUGUGCUCCACCGGCGGCUCCACCCAGUACAGUUGACAAAUUGACAAACCAGAAGCAAUCACAGUCGAUUAAUACGCUCGAUUUAUACGGCGACGACGAAGAGGAGGAGGACGACGACGACGACGUUGACGACGACGACGAAGAUCAGGAUUCGGACACCAUGGCUAGCCGUCGACGACAGAUCUAUGAGACGGCUUUCGAUUGUAAGAUAGCCAAAUCGGAUGAUGAUCUGGAUGAGGUGGAUCGCAUAACCAAUCACUCGGUUCUGCUGCAACUUAACAAUGGGAAUACGGAUGUUAAGUCACAAAGUCGAAAGUCCCGCCUGGAGUGUAAGCGGGCAAAGAAUUCCAAAAAUCAGGCAUUGCAAGAGCAAUCCUCGGUUAGCAGUGAUGCCCUGCAGGUGCAAGUGCAUCAGGCGCAAACGGAAAUGGCCAAAAUGCAAUUAAGCCAAAUGGAUUUUGAUCAUCGGGAUCAGCAAAAUCAGAAUCAGAAUAUCACAAACCCAGCAGCAACAUCUAACACAUCAUCAGCAGCAGCAACUGCAGCGACCUCACAAUUGCCCAUACGAGGGUAUACCCCAUCGCCACCAUCCACGGCGCCGCUGCCAAUGAAGUUUCCGGGUAAACAUGAACGCUACUUGAACAGCAUCAAGAGUGCCCCGAACUUGCCAUUGGCCAAUCCGGCGCAUCCCCGUCUAAGAGAUCUCCGAUUGCCACAGCAAUUGUGCAAUUCGAGCAAUGAUAAUAGCCUCACCGAUAGCGCCUACGUGAAUCCGCCCUCAACCAAUUCGAAUUCAAACAAUUCGGCCGGUGCCUCGGCAUCAGCAUCGGUUACUGCAUCCGCUUCCGUCUCUGCCUCAGCUUCCGCGCCGAAUGCAGCAAGGAGGCCGCGAUCCUUUGUCCUAGAAUCGGGACGAGUAUUGGAACUGCGACGCAGUGGAGGCCAACCGACCGGUCAGAAUUCUCAUCACCAUCACCAUCAUCAUCACCACCAUCAUAACCAUCAUGGGGCAAGAAGGACGCGGCAUGGCCAUGCCAGCCAUGCUGCCGGUGGCAAUGGGCAACAUCAAGCUGGUGGUGGACACAACUAUAGCUCCACGGAAAGCAUUGCCACCUCAAGCAGCGGCGGCAGCAUGGAAUCAUUGCGCUCCAGCACAAGUGAGGGCAAUCGCAGCACUUCCAGUUCCGAGUCAAGGCACUCCAGUUCAUUGAGUUCGCACAGCUCGGAGAGUGGCAGCUGCAGUUCAAGUGUGGCCUAUCCAUUGAGACCACCGCCCUUGCUAUUGCAUUCCAAAUUGCAUAUACUCAGUCCCAUAUCGGAUAAAUCCUCGCAAGAGCCAGCCUCAGAGCAGUCUCAGCAGCAACAGCAGCAGCAGCAGGGACAGACCCAAGAGGAGGGAGCAACUGCAGCCGCUCAGCCUCAAUUGUUAACUGUGGCUAGUGCCACGGGUAAGCAGCAACGGCGAAGUGGAGGCAGUAGCGGAGGUGCCCCCAAUAAGGCCCUACUCCAUCUGGCUGAUGAAUUCCUCGGCUCCGAUAGCGGCAUCUCAUUGCAUUCACGUGAAGAUGGCAAACCUUUGCCAGCAAUGGCCCUCCAGCGCUUAACCCUACCGAAACUCCAGCUAAUUGGUGCCUCAGACGCCUCGAAUUCCAGUGGAACUGUUGGUGGUGGAGGCAAUGCUGGCAAUUCUGGUGUUGCUGGAGCAGCAACAGGAGGAGGAGGAGGAGGAGGCGGUGGGACCAGUGCGAGCUCUAAUGCCAAUGCUGCCUUGCCGCAAGAGCUACGUGAUCUUCCAUUCGAUAUGCCCAAGUUGCGGCGUCGCAAAACCCUGCAACAGGAGGCCGCCUGCACUUCGGGUAGUGCCACUUCAGUGGAUCUUGGCGAGCUGCCCUUCGACAUGCCAAAACUGAGGCGACGCCUCCGGGCCAAUCAGGCCGAGAUCAAUAAUCUAAUGAUGCAUAGCACCGAAUCCAGUGGAAUUUCCCAGGCCUCGUCCAGUCAUUCCAUGCGAUGUGAUGAUCCAAAAAUGGCCAAUAAGCUGGACACAGCACUUUUCCGUCAGAACUUGACAUUAAAUCUGAAUGAGCCACGUCAGGCGGCCAAACAAUUUGGCAGUCUUGAUCUGAGGGGACUCAAUAGCAACAAGGAACUAAACAUAAAUCUCUGUCAGGGUUAUGUCACAGCGGUGGAUCUAAUUGAAGUGACCAUACCACUAGAGCGUCAAGGCUGGUACCAUGGGGCCAUAACUCGCAUCGAGGCAGAAACUACGCUGCGUCCUUUGGCCGAAGGUUCAUUUCUUGUCCGCAAUUGCGAGUCAACCAAACAGGACUAUUCGUUAUCGCUAAAGGGAGCCAAGGGAUUUAUGCAUAUGCGAAUACAGCGCAACGAAGCCGGCCAAUAUAUACUGGGUCAAUUCAGUCGUCCUUUUGAAACGGUACCCGAUAUGAUAAGGCAUUUCUGUCUCAAUCGAUUGCCGGUUCGUGGGGCCGAACAUAUGUGUCUCAUUGAGCCCGUAAUAGCACAGUUGCUUUAGGCCUUCACACAGAGCACAGAACUGGCGAAACGAACUCACACACACACACACAGAAUAACAUAUUAAUUAGCCAUAUAGAGAGAACAAAAAAAAAACCAAAAACAAAGGGUAUAAAACAUAUGUAACUAUGCACUAGUUAUAUGCUGUAGUUUUUACUAUAUAAGAUUGUUUGUAUUGUUUGUUUUUUUUUUUUUGUCGUGCAUUUUUUAUGUCGGUUUACUCAAAUCACUCACUAACUCAUCGACACAUACACACACACAGACUAAGACACGAACUAGAUUAGCGUUUAAAGUACUUAGCACAUUCAGACAAUACCAAAAAAAAAAAAAAAAACUAAACAAAUACAUAUAUAUAUAUGUAUAUAGCACUUGACAGUUGCUAGUUAUAAAAUAUUCUGGGGAACUUUGAAAAUCGCAAAGCUUCAUUUUCUUCUUUAGUUGCUUAAACCUUGUCUAAGAUAAUGCUGAUCUAUCUGAAUCAAAAUUAGAGUUCCAAUAUUUUACAAAUAUUUGUAUUUUGCAUAAGAAAUUGGCAGAUGUUAAGAUUAAAGCUGUUAAAUUGGACAACUUAGACAAGGUUUACAUCUCGUCCCAAUGGUUAAUUUGUGUGUUUAAACGUUUUUAGACAUGUUUACACUGACAGCAUCAACUCAUCUUUGGUAUAGCAAUUUUAUGGUAGAGUAUACAGAUAUAUAUAUAUAUAUAUAUAUAUAUUUAUCAGUAUCAAGCGUAUACUUUCUAAGUCACACACACACCUACAAACACACACACCCACUCACACACACACAACCAGAUAGACAGAAGAUAGCCAAAGGGGGUUACACAUUAUGGCCCAUUCACAUGCCGUCUAAAAAACCAAACCAAACCAACCAGUGGAAAUGGUCACGUUCUUCCAGUUUUACUUUCCUCUGACGUAAAGCCCCGUUAACUUACAGGACGGCAUUUACACACAUACAAACAAACAGGCAUACACUGAAACAAAACAAAAAAGAAAGAAAAAAAAAACAAAAAUAUUUAACUCGAAACUCUAAGAAAUUUGUUGAUUAAUUUUAUGUUAAAAAUCUUUACAAAAUACAAGAUAUAUGUAC